AAGAAAAUAAUAAUAAUGAAAGGAAAAAGUAUAAAUAACGCGCUAGCAUCUACUUGCAAACUUGUAAUUUUACGUCGACUUUAUUCCAAUUAUUUCCAGAACUCAACCAUUUCGAUUAUUAGGAAUCUCCAAGAUAUCCCAACCAUUUUCAAACCAAUAAAGUCAAUUCGUAAAUAUUCGUCCUUUAGAAGGAUAAACAAUUCCGCUUCCAACCCUUGCAGGAGCCAAUUCCCUCUCUACAUCCUAACCGAUAAAAAUAUCAAUCGUUGUCCGGGCCCAUACUACGCCGUCGAUACUACCUGCUAUUACAGCACCCACAGAUCAUCUGACUCUUUUUCGGAUUCCACAUUUUUGACGAGAAAGCUAGAAGACGCUCGCCUAGACUUUGACAACGAAAUCAUGACAACUGCACCCCCCGCCGCCAGCUGCGAAAAAAUUUUGGUGCAAUUGGGAGAAGCCAAGAGGUUCGCCGUGGAAAGUAUGAAAGCCGUGGGCACACAAGAAGACCACGCCAUCGCGCUCGCCGAGUUAUUGGUGACCGCCGAUUAUCGGGGUCAUUUUAGCCACGGGUUAAAUAGAUUACCCAUGUACGUGCGUGACAUAGAGAGCGGAAUAUGCAAAAGCGAUUGCGAACCCACGAUUCUGAAAGAAACCGUUUCGACGGCUUGGGUAGACGGGAAUAAUUUAUUGGGCCCCGUUGUCGGUAUGUUCGCAAUGAAUUUAGCAAUAAAAAAGGCCAAAGCGACCGGGGUAGGAUGGAUUUCUUGCAAAAAUUCCAAUCAUUUCGGUAUCGCGGGAUAUUAUACCAUCAUGGCGGCCCAUGAAGGAUUAAUAGGUAUGGCUUUUACAAACACGUCCCCUUUGCAAGUGCCGACCCGUGCCAAAAAGACUAUCCUAGGAACGAACCCUAUAGCCAUGACCGCUCCCGCCAAAGGUGACGAUUAUUUCUGCCUUGAUAUGGCUACAUCAACCGCCGCGGUUGGAAAGGUAGAAUACCACGACAGACAAGGAAUCCCCAUUCCUAAAUGCUGGGGAGUAAAUAAAGAUGGCUUGGAAACGCAGAAUCCUAAGGAGGUUCUUCAAGGGGGAGGUUUGCUCCCUCUAGGAGGUAUGGAAAAAACGGGGGGAUACAAAGGUUCUGGCCUAGCCAUGAUGGUCGAAAUAUUUUGCGGGAUUCUGGCAGGUAGCACUUACGGUCCCAACAUCAGGAAAUGGAUGAAUACGGAGAAAGUCGCCGACUUGGGUCAAUGCUUUGUCGCGCUAAAUCCCGAAAUGUUCGCACCGAAUUUCGUCGAUAGAAUGAGCGAUCUUAUGGCUAUCAACCGCAAUUUGCAGCCGAUUGAGGGAGAAAAAGAGGUACUAGUAGCUGGAGAUCCAGAGAGAAAGCACAUGAUUAAAUGCGACAAGGAUAAUGGUAUCAGAUACCAUCCCAAUCUUUUCGACGCCAUGACACAAUUAGGCGAAAGGCUGAAAAUAAAGAAUUUGCAAAAAUCUUCGUAAACCGAUCAAACUUGGCCAGAAAUUUUCAAUCGAUUUCGUUUUUAUAUCUUUCGAUUUUCCCGUGCCUUAAAGAAGAAAAACAAAAUUUAAUGUUUAAAGAACCGCAAAAAUUAGAAUAUCUUCUUUAAAAAAAUAUCAAAUUAAAAUUUUCAAAUCUCAGGUAUGCGUUAUAUCUAUCUGAAAAAAAACAUUUAAAGAUCGCAGCCUCAAACAAAAAAAAAUGUUUUUUUUAUACAUAAUGAUAAUAUUUAUAUUUUUUACAAUUCAUGAACAUUAGUUAUUAAAUUCGAAUAAAUUAAUUUUGUGAUUA